CCUGAGAAUUUCACGUAACACUCGGCGGGGCCGCGUGGAUGCCUUCGCGACUUGAGCGAUGCCUUGGGCGCCUUCCUGGGUGCUUUGUUUGUGUCUCGGCUUAGCAUCGGCCUCCACCUUCAAAAUCGGUGUUGUGACACCCCAGACCACCACCGGCGACAACUUCUUCAGGGGCUUGGAAUGGUGGCGUGACAAAGUAAAUGCAGUUGGCGGUGUCAGAUCCAAGGAUGGCAUUACCAUGCAGGUAGAGCUGGUAAUGGUCUACUCGGGAUCUACACCCGAAUCGGCAGCUCAGAAAGUGCUCGACUUUUAUAACGGUAGUCCGACUGCCGUACACGCCUUGGUGAAUGCCUUCCAGCAAUUCAACUUGGCCAUCAAUGAUGCCAUGCGAGCGAACAAUGUCCAGAAAGUGCUGAUGCACUGCUCUGGUGGCACUCCUGGUAUGUAUGGCAUCGUGGACUUAAACGUUCCCAGAUGGGGUUUCCAGUUUGGAGUCAUGGUGCCUUCCGCGGAUUACGCGUCUGGUGUCUUCAAGCACAUCAUGACGUUUAACAACCGGCUGCCCAACAAGCGGGUGGCCUUCUUUCGGAACACCGGGAACUCCUUCACCGACUUCACCUGCGGCGAGUCCAUCGCGCGGGCCACGGCCGAGGGACUGGAAGUCAGCGAGAUCUUCCAGUACGACCUCUCCGCCAGUAGCGACUCCUACGCCUCCGUGAUGCUGGCCGGCGUCCGGGCGCUCCAGGCCUCGGGAACGCAAAUCCUCAUGGGCUGCACCUGGCUGGAUGACGGCCUGGCGUUGCAGAAGGCCAUCGUGGCAGAGCGACUGGAUCUGAUCGCCAGCAUCAUCCUCAUCGCGCCCACGACGGGGCACUGGAACGUCACCUUCCCCCGGGACUCCCUGGGGCGCUCGGACGGGGACUUCGUGCUCGCGCCCUCCCAGUGGCACCACACGCAGAGCUUUCUGGACUACUCCUCCGUGGGGAACACCGCGGACUUCGCGGAGGAGUUCAAGAAUGCGACGGGCUCCGACCCCGACUACCUGCUGGCCUCCUGCACCACGGCUGGGAUCAUCUUGGAGCGGGCACUCAGCAAGGUGACUCUCGGGAACUACUCUGAGCCCUCGACCGCGAGCGGCACUUGCUCCUGUGAUGUGGGCUUUGAUGAGCAGCUUCGGCUCAUGGUGCGGGACUUCGAGGAGGAGACGAUGUACGGCAGGGUUCGGUUCGACCGGUUCAACCAGAAUGUGGGUCAUGAGGCAGCAGUUGUGCAAGUUCUUCCCAACAUGGGCCAAACCUCUGUCCUGCCGGAGGAGAACGCGCAGUCCCGCCUGAACUUUCCGACUCCUCCGUGGGACGAGCGCUUGGCUUGCCCGCCGAACUGCACGGAUCCCAACAUCUUCAAGAUCGGGGUCGUUGGUCCGGCUGCAGGACCAGGUCCCAACUUCCGCCGGGGCCUGGAGUGGUGGGCCAAGAAGGUGAACGACGCGGGGGGGAUGCGCACCCUGAAUGGCGAGCGCCUCACCGUGGAGUUGUCCUUCGAGGACUCGGAGGAGAACAACACGCUGGCGGCCGCCAAGGUGAUUCAGUACUACUACCGCCUCUCAGACAACGUGCAAGCGAUGGUGAACACCUACUUCAUGCACAACAUCGAAGUGAACGAGGCCAUGCGCCUGAACCAAGUGGACAAGCUGCUGCUGCACUGCUCCGGAGGUGAGCCUGAGCAGUAUGGCUACACCCAGGGAGAUGGCCAGCAAAAGCCGAGAUGGAUCUACCAGUUUGGCGUUAUGAUUCCUUCGUCUACCUAUGGCGAAGGCGUCUUCAAUUUCUUGUCGAAGAAGUUGGCCAACGCGGAUGACGAAGUGCUGCGCCAGAUCGUGUCCUCCCAAAAUGGUCGGCGGGUGGCCUUCUUCCGGAAUGUGGGGAACUCCUUUGCGAACUACACCUGCAACGAGGCCAUCUACCAGGCCCAACAGGCCGGCCUGGAGGUGAACGUCAGCACCGACGUCUUUGACUUCGACAGUCGAGACCCCAACUACGCCGCGACGCUCUGGGAGUCCAUACGGAACGUGAAGAGCCGCGGCAUCUCAAUGUCCAUGGGCUGUACCUGGAUAGAGGAUGGAAUCGAGCUGCAGAGGGCCAUUGUGAGCGAGCGAGUGGAGUUGGCGCUGAACGUGAUCCUGGUGGCCCCGGCCACAGAGCAGUGGUUCAGCGCCUUCCCCGCGGACGACAACGGCCGCUCAGACGGGGACUACGUGCUGUCCCCCUCGCAGUGGCACCACACGCAGAACUACCGAGAUGAAUCUUCGGUGGGUGACACCAGUACCUUCUCGCAGGAGUUCAAAGCAGAGACCGGCGGUGAUCCUGAUUACUUGCUGGCCUCCUGUGUCACCGCGGGUAUCGUUAUCGAGAAAGCCAUGUCCUCGGUGAAUUGGUUCGGCCGGAACCAGUUCGACGACAAUGCCUUGCGUAUUGCCACCCGGGACCUUCGUGUUGACACCAUGUACGGCGGCGUGCGCUUCGACAACGUGAACCAAAACGUGGGCCACGAUGCCACCGUCAUUCAGAUCCAGCCGGGCUCUACCGCCGGGCAGACGUUCCAAACCUCAGUGCUUCCAGAGACGAACUCGGCGAGGAACAUCAUCUUCCCCGCGCCGACCUGGGAGUGGAGGAACGGCUGCCCCCCGACGCGCCCCAUCAGUAGCAAUGGAUUCUCCUGCGUGGAGCAGGUUCCGGACGACUUCACCUUGUACUAUAUCAUUGCGAUCUGUGCCGCGGUGCCCUUGUUGUCCCUGCUGGCCCUCUACUUCGGUCGCUGGACGCACUCAGUGCUACGCCGGCGGAGGGAGAAAUACAUGCUGCUGUGGCUGAACAAGCUGGAAGACGCCCUUUGGGACCAGGACGAGGAUUCCGUCCGAAUGGCCGAGGGCAAGCUCCGCAGCUAUCGUGGCACGCUGUGCAUCCGCGGCAAGUACGUCUACACAGACACCGACGAUAUCCGCAAGGAGCAGAGCCUCCAGGCCGGCGUUGGUGUGGCGUAUCUCAUCGGGGACUUCAUGGCCUCAGCGUUUAAAGCGACCAGGGUUCAGGAUCCCACCUUCCAUGACUUGAAGCACAUCUUCUUUCUGGGAGAGAAGAAGAUCGGCGCGGACAAGAUAUGUCCCAGAGACGGGAAGCUCGGCUGCGCCUUUGUGGAUACUCUGCCCAGGCAGCACCGACAGAAGUGCACCCACUUCUUGUCCUGGUCCUGGGCCUAUACUGUCAGGCAAGUGCGAAGUGGUCUGGAUUUCUGGAUCGAAAGUUCUGGUCUGGACCCUGGAAAGACCUUCCUUUUUAUGUGCUUCUUCGUGAACAACCAGUACCGUCUGUUGGUUGGAAAAGAUCAGCAUGGCGCCGAUGAUCUCAACUUGAUCUUCGAAGGAAAUCUCUGCCGCAUUGGGAAGAUGGUGGCUUUGCUCGACAAUUGGCAGGAGCCAGUGUAUUUGAAGAGGAUUUGGACCAUUUUUGAGCAGUAUGUGGCUGUCACCAAAGACAUCGAGGUGAAGAUCAUUUUGCCCCGAGACGCAGAGGCGAACCUCUUCAUGACCAUCUCCAGAGGUGCCGAAGGCAUCCGACUCGUGAAGGAGUCCCUUUGCGCCGUUGACUCUGCCACCGCAGACGCCUGGUCGCCAGAAGACAAGGAGGCCAUCCAGUCGCUGAUUCAACGGACCUGUGGCUUUCACACCCUGAAUCAGCACGUGAGACAAGUCAUGAUCAACUGGGUUGGCGAUGUUGUAAUCGGAGCCAUGAACCGGCUGAUCAACAAGGGAGAGGACAUCGCCGCCAGUGCCAACCAGUGGGCCGGCAAAGCGGAGUUCGAAGGCAUGCGAGCUCCCUCCCGCGAGACCACCUGGUCACACAUGCUGUGACACAAGGCGAAGCCUUGCAGUUCCACCACGGCGCAUUUUUUCUCUGCGCACCUCCGCGACGCCGAGUCUCAAGCCACAUGCCGAGCAAUUGCUCGACAAGUUUGUCCGCCGGAUGCCCGAAGUUAACCGGAGAAAGACCCUUUGUGCUA